GUUUAUCUCUGGUUGUUGUAGAUUAUUAUUCUAUUCUCAUUGAGCCAUCGACUCACGCUUUCUCGUAUCUUUUCUAUUCCAGAUUCUUAUAUGGUGCUGUCCAUAAUAUUCCAACACAUAACAUACUUCCAAGCUAGACGUAAACUUAUCGAAGGCUCAAGAUGUCAUCGGAUGAAAUGUUCUCGUUUCCAGUUACUGUAACGUUCGCCAUUUGUAUAUCUAUGAUUUAGAUACUUGAUGGUCCCGAUGGUGAGGAAAAUUUCGAGAUGGCACGUGCUCGUAUUUGGCAGCUAAGUUGCAAGUCUGGUUGGAAUUUCGACCGACUUGUUGCUGAUUUAACUCCAUCUAGUCAGUGCGAGCUAACUUUUGAGAUGAUUCAUAUGGUGUCGUACGUUAAAAAAGUUGCUCCGCCUGGAACGCUGAGUGUUUUUCCGUCACCAUUUCAAAGUGCCGAGUCAUGGAUCAGGGACAGAUGGAUUUUUCGAGAGAACAACUCAGCUAAAUCUAUGGAACAUACUUUACCACUUAAAAAGGGAUUAAGAACCGCUGAUCCUGUAUCUCCCUCGAACCGUGCCUUUAAUAAUGAAGAACUGAAGAAUAAGAAAGUAAUGAAAGUUGACCAGGAUCCGACUAUGACAGUGUCGAUACCUACCGUACACAGAGCCAAUCGUUCACUCCCUGGAUUUCAAACUAUUUUACAAUGUGGGAAGACACUUGACGAUGAUACUUUAUUGGGGAAGACUGACACAGAAACGUCUUAUGAAUAUCCUAGCUUAUCGCUAAUUCAUACGUCGAAUUCACAGCAAGAAACCUUGCAUUAUCCGUCUGACUCACCUCCUUAUAUGCUUGUCCAGAGAUCAAGAGAAUCACUGGAGAAGAAUUAUAAGUCGUCUUCAAAACAGAUUUCUACUAGAGGUCCUCUUAAAAUUGAUAGUGGCUCCAAACGAAAUAGUAGUGGACAUUUUCUUAUGGAUAGUGAAAAAAGCCGAAACCUGAUAAACUCAGAAAACACCGAUAUCGGUCAGUCGAAAUCAAAUAUGCUGAAUAUAUUUUAUGAUCCAUUGGGAUUAGAAACAACUAAUUGUGAUGACAAUGGUUGUCCGGUAGUUGACAGUAUUAAAAAAAUGUCUAAUCCUUCACAUAGUUUUCAUCCAUCUGAUGGCAAACAUAAUCUGCUUGAAUCCAAAGACAAUGCUCUAAAUGUUAUUAGCACAAAAAUGAAUGUUUGUAUGGAUGAUACGUUUUUAUUGGAAUUUUUAGACAGAAAUUUGACUGGAACUGAUUCCAAAACUAAUGUCGAUUUCGCCGAACGAUGUGGUUUAAAUUCUCCAACAGCUUUUGUCGAAGAUAUGAUUAAAAAAGCACAGAAAACUUUAAAUCAUCAGUAUAAAUGCUAACAGUUUUUUUAAUUAACUUUCCAUUCCGUUUUUUCUGUAUUAAUCUCAACUGCAUUGAUAUACCAUAGAACAGUCCGACGUUUUACUGCGGGUGUUUUGAAUUCUGAUUUGUCUUAGUUGUAAUCUUCUAGCAUAUCUAUAUCUAUCCUUAAAUUUUCCUUAAGUCACUAUAGUAAUUCGAGUUACGACAUCCAUUUUGAUAACUGUAUAUUUUAAUGAGAGGUUAAAUGUUAUUAAAACCAUGUGAUACAUAAAUAGGGUUAAUCUAAAUUAUAAAUUAAGAUGUUAAGAAAUUUAUGUGCUGGUGUACUAAUGUCGUGUUUAAUUGCUCUUAUGGCAACCUAAUUUGGUUCAAACUCCAGUCUGAUAACUCAUAAAGAUACUCGUGAUAUAUGACCACAAUGUCUUAGCUUUAAAAUUUAUGCGGUAAAGAUACUCAUCAGGAAUUCGUAAAAAAGUACUUGGAUGCUACUGUAUUCGUUUCCGUCAAUUCACUAACUGAAUCGCGUUCAUUUAUUUUUUCUUCUAUUCUAUAUUCUGAAUUCUGAAAUAUCUUGUCUUGUCUGUAAAUUGAAUGUCAUUUAUGUAUUCUUAGGUACGUUUUCAUGUACGCUUCGCAGUGUAGUUGCGUGAACUAAUUCAUGUGCAUAUAAACCAGAGAUUUACUGAAAUGUAAAAUCGAACUCAUCUUGAUCAUUUUUGAGUGAACCCGGUUUACAUUUAAUAAUGUUUCUCACUUUCCGUUUUCUACAUUUUUGUUUAUGUUUUACAAAAUCUAUUUUGAACGCUUGUGUGAACCCUUCGAUAAUUUUAAGAAUAUGUAUUUUCAAGUAGUGUAGAUUGUAAGUUAGUGAAUUCUACUAAAUGGGAAGCUGAAAUUUUGAGUUAAAAACAUGC